AUGAUCCUCAUUUCUUCAGUCCCGCGUCCUCAUCCACCAUGUGCGGAGACUGAUCAAAUAUCAUGUGCAGGGACCUCUACGGGCUUUGGAAAGCGUCUUGUUUCCAUCGUUCUUGCUCGGGGGGACUAUGUGGUUGCCACUGUUCGGAAGCCGGAAGACGUGCAAGCAGUGGUGUCUAAUUCAAAAUCUUCUCGCUUACAAGUCUUUGUUCUCGACUUACGAGACUCUCCGCAAAGCAUCCGAGAUCAGGUUCGAGAGGUCCUGGUACGAUGGGGCCGCAUUGACGUACUUGUCAAUAAUGCGGGUACUGCUCCCAAGUCGCUGCUUGGGGAAGGCGGAUCCGAGUUUUACACUGAACAGCUCCAGAUGAACCUUGUGGGGACGCUGAAUGUCACAAAUGCCGUUCUUCCCAGCAUGCGAGAACGACGUGAUGGAACAGUCAUAUUUUUGGGUAGCCGUUCUGUUUGGAAGCCUGAAGUGCCCUUGACAGGCUAUUACGCUGCCUGGAAAGCAGCUACUCACUUAGCUUUGGGAGCCACGUACUCUGCCGAGUUGAGAGACUUUGGCAUUCGCGUGAUGGUCAUUUGCCCGGGGGGCUUUCGCACAGAGAAGAUACAUGCUGGCCCACUUGUUGUGGAUAACCGCAUACCUGAAUAUGACGCUCUUCGAAAGGAAGCGUUAGCCAAUUUUGAUGGAGGCUGGGAGAGAGCCUCCGGAGAUCCAACUAAAGCAAUGGAACUAUUGGUGGAUGUCGUGAAUGGAGAGGGAAAGGCAGCUGGGAAGGAAUUCCCCCUAUAUCUGCUUAUGGGGAGUCUCAGCUAUGACGCCGCACGAGUAAGUUUGCAAAAGCUAUGUCGUUCAAUGGAGUUGUGGGAGGACGUUUCCAGGGAUCUAGACAUUGACCCAGAUGAAUGA